GUAGCCAGCAGCUCUGUAGAGGAUGAGUCCAGCUUAGCGACUGCGCAGGGUGGAUGCGUGAGCUCCGGGGCUGUUAUUCCAACACUCAGGCCCCGUUUUAAUUGGGCAGGUCAGUAGGUAUGGGCGCACUGCAGUCCUUACCUGGUCAACCAGAGCAUAUUGAUCUGGCGGAAAAGACGGGCUUUUCAUUGGAACAGAUUGGAGUCCUACAUAAAAGAUUCAGACAGCUGAGCCAUAAUGAAGAAACUCUGCGGAGAGAUCACUUCAAUGAAAUCCCAGAUUUAGCAUGCAAUCCAAUACGUGCACAGAUCAUAGAGGCUUUCUUUGACAAAAGAAACUAUCGUCAGAAUGGUGAAGGGACGGUCGAGGAGAUCAGCUUUGAGGACUUCCUGGUGGUCAUGUCCCAUUUCAGACCCCCCUCAGUUCAUAUGACAGAGGAACAGCGUGAGAGUGUCAGGAGGGAGAAACUCCGAUUUUUAUUCAACAUGCAUGACACAGACAAUGAUGGGACAAUAACCCUGGAGGAAUACAGACAUGUGGUGGAGGAGCUGUUAUCUCGCAGUGGGGCACUGGGCAAGGAAACAGCCAAAGGCAUUGCUGAUGCAGCCAUGUUGGAGGUGGCCAGUAUUUCAGUGGGUCACAUGGAACCUGAUGAAUUCUAUGAGGGGAUUACAUUUGAGCAUUUUCUCAAGUUGCUGAAUGGCUUUGAAAUUGAAUCAAGGAUGAACAUUCGCUUUUUGAAUAUGGACACGACAACACUGUGUAAGUGAGACUGGUACUCUAAACUAUGCAGUAACUUUGCAAAGACUAAGGGCAAACAAUUAUGGUUUCACUGUACUAGCUGUUGUUUUUUACACUAACCUUUGUUGCUUGCACUGAAUAUAUGCCUUACUCAUGUUCAAAUAAUGCAAAUCCAAAGAAAAUGUAUGCUAUAUUGUGGAUGCAUUAGAAGUCAUUCAUUU